AUCCCUCAGACUAGCAUGGCGUUCAGUAAAUAUCUGGAAUUACCGAUUGCUGGAGGCAGCCUUCGCGGGUUUGAGCACCGGCUAGUUGCGGACUCAGCAUACCUCCACAAGACCACUUUGCCUGGGAGAAAAAGCCAGGUGUGCGGGGGUAGCCCCGGCGCGCUGAGACCCGCCCCGCGCCCCGCCCAGAGCCGCAGCGAGGGUGCGCAUGCGGCGCCCGCCGUUUACGACGGGCCGGAAAGCAGUGGCCGCAGCCAGCGCCGGCUGAGCCGGGUCGCUAUGGGGAAAAUUGCGCUGCAGCUCAAAGCCACGCUGGAGAAUGUCACCAACCUCCGGCCAGUGGGCGAGGACUUCCGGUGGUACCUGAAGAUGAAAUGUGGCAACUGUGGUGAGAUUUCAGAGAAGUGGCAGUACAUUCGGCUGAUGGACAACGUGGCACUGAAGGGAGGCCGUGGCAGUGCCUCCAUGGUCCAGAAGUGCAAGCUGUGUUCAAGGGAAAACUCCAUUGAGAUUUUGAGCAGCACCAUCAAACCUUACAAUGCCGAAGACAACGAGAAGUUCAAGACGAUAGUGGAGUUUGAGUGCCGAGGACUUGAACCAGUCGAUUUCCAGCCCCAGGCCGGCUUUGCUGCUGAGGGUCUGGAAUCCGGGACAGUCUUCAGUGACAUUAAUCUGCAGGAAAAGGACUGGACUGACUAUGACGAAAAGGCUCAGGAGUCUGUGGGAAUCUACGAGGUCACCCACCAGUUUGUGAAGUCCUGAACCCUCUUCCUGCACACUUGCCUCUUAAGAACUGAAAAGGGACAACGUGCCCCAAGCAGCACAGUGCAGAGGCUGGUGCCCUCACGUCUCGCCUCCUGGCAGCUGCCCAGGCCCUCACAGCCUGCGUGCUGGGCUGUCACAGCGUCCUGAGCCCCACCAAUAAAGCCCCCGUUUGUGCUACACUGGUGGAUGAACAACCGCUCUACUCCCUCCGCUCCCCUUCAUGUUGGAGGGCUUUGAUGGCUUCUUGGCACCUUCCCACAGUACAGAAUCUUAGCCUGAUCCAAUUUGCAAAAUAGGAACACAGAGCUCCUAAGGGCUCUCAAGCUCUUGGGGAGAGCACAGGCCACCCCAGGGGACCAGAGGUGUCAAACUCAUUGGUACAGAGGGCAGCGGAGCCUGCGGAAUGAUGUCAUGAGCCAGAACGUCACGUUGACCACCUUGGCUCUUGGGUAAACCCAGGCAACUCUGUUCAUUGGUGUCACUGCAUAUUCCAGGGACAGAAGGGACUUUGGAGGCCAGCAGUUCCAUCCUGGCAUGAAUCUUCUCUCUCCGAUCCCUGCCAGAUGGUCCUCAGGUCUUUGCUCACUUGCUGUGAUGGGGCAAUCCCUCUCACCAAGGGAAUCCCUAUGAAAGUUCUUCCUUAUGCUGAGUCAGCCUCUAUGCUUCCUUUAGCUCCUCCAGAUGGUCCUGGUUUGUCCCCUUUGUGGUCACACUUCUGUGUUCUUCUGCCCCUGGACAGCCCUGUGGAGGUGUGACGACAACAGUCCCGGCCUCUGUGUCUCGUGGGCCUGGAUCCCUGGGUCUAAAGAGCCUCUUACAGUGGAUAGAGUUGUUCAGUGCACAGUUAAGUCAUGAGGGCAAGCGCACGUCUUCAUACCGGUGACUCCACCAUUCGGAAAACCUGUCACGAGAGACUUUACUCCUCUCCAGUGUUCUGCUGCAGCCUGGAAUUCUUUGGAAGAAUUACUACCUUCAUUUUCUGAGUGGCCCUCUGGGAAAGAGUCUGCCCACUCCGAGGCUGGCUGUGGAGCUCUAGGAAGGGGCUCCUCAGAGGCAGGUAAAGCUGGCCAUGGCCAAGGGUGGGGAAGAGAUGCCUGCCCUGUCCCCUCUCCAGUCUGGCAGUUGUCACGUGUCCUCUAGGUCCCCUGUGUUCCCGGCCCCUGGGCCUGUGCUUUCUGCACCUGACAGAGCAGGGCUUCUUUGGCCUCCCUCGGCCAGCAGCUCCACCAGCCCCCACCGACUAGAACGGUCCAUUGCCUGGCCUGAAAGCAAACAAGGGAGCGUCGGGCUGGAUAAACAGGCUUUCUGGGUUUUAGUCUCCAUACUAGCCAGUAUGUGUUAGAAAGGCAAGCACUAAAAGGAUCUCAAGGUUUUCUUUAUAUUGUAAAUUAUUUUCUCAUCUUGUAGGGAGUAGAGGAACCCAAGUAAUCAGUAACAGAUGGAACAUAGAUUAUGUCAACAGAUGCAGAAAAAGUAUUCGGUAAGAUUCAGCAACAAACCAUAGAGAUGCUUAGCAAACUAGGAACAUAAAGGAACUCCCCUUACCUCACAAAGGAUAUCUACAGGAAACCCGGAGCAAAUGAAAUGUUUGAAGCACUCCAUUCACGGCUGGGGUGAGAUGAGGAUAUCCUGGAUCACUAUUCAUCACUGUCCCUACACUGCCCCUGCCGCAGCACUUAGACUGAAAAGAAAGUAAGGUGCAAGGACUAAAAAGGAAGAAAUAACUCACUUUUCACAGAUUUUGAUUUUCCACUUAGUGAAUCCAAAAGCAUCAGGUGCUGGAUUUAAGAUCAAUAUACAGAAAUCAAAUGCAUUUCAGUACACUGGCAACAUGUAAAACACAAUUCAAGAGAAAAUACCAUUUACAAUAGGAACAGCAACCAAAAAAAUACCCCCAAAGGUAACUGGAAAUUAAGUCUAUCAAAGAUGUUUCAUGACCAAUAAAUUGGUCAAAAUGGCAGAGUAGAAAGACCCUUAGCUCACCUCCUCUCACGAGCACACAAAGAAAGAUCACAACUGUUUGUAGAACAACCAUCAAUGAAAAAUAUGGGAACCUCCUGGAAAAGAUCUACAACUAAAAAUAUAAAGAAGGAACCACACGAGAUGGGUAGGAGAGGCAGGCUUAUGAUACAGUCAAGUCCUGUACCCCCAGCUGGAUGACCCACAAAUGAGGGUAAUUAUAUUGCAGAGGAUCUUCCCACAGGAGUUCCUGUACUGGGAAGAAGAGCCCACAGAGCAAUUGGCCUUGAAGGCCAGAGGGGCUUGGUUUCAGGAGUCCCACAAAACUGGGGAAAGAAGAAACUUAAAGGGCACACAAAAACCUCACAUGCUCUGGAACUCAGGGUAAAAGCACUAAUUUGAUAGAAGCCUGGGCCAGACCU